CACAACAUAUACCUCAACCACUCUACUGAGCCUAGUGUAUUUACCAUCAUGUUCCAACCUCUGUCAAUCAUCCAAAAAACACGUAAAUCUGCAGGAUCCUCUAUUUUAAUUUGUUUUGCUAACAGUGUUAUCGAUUGGAAUUAGGUGGAAUAAGUCUGAGAUAUUAGAGUGCAGAGUGUUUAAACUUAAAAUUUAGCAUGCGAUGUGAGAAUCACAAGCAAGUUCAGGGUACAAAGCCAAAUUAGUCCUAUUAAUCAUACCGUUCUUUUAAUCUUCCACCAAGUUAACUCUGGACUGGAGUCGUGGAAUCUUGUCCUGAAAGAUUUUAAGAAUCGUGGAAUCUUAUGUAGAGAAUCUACCCCCCUUCAUGGUACACUUUAGUUUCACUACAGCAGAAAUGGGGACGAAGGACCACUGGAGUUGAUUGACUAUUUAAAGCCUAUUGUAUCUAGGCGCGUACCCACAAACGGGUUGUUCCUCCUGCAUUGGCAACCAUCAUUUUGGGGACAUUCAUGUGGUAGUAUUAUCAAGGUACACAGGAAUCACUGGAAAUUUCUAAUGUUCUAGAUGAAAAAAUCUGACUUUUAACUAUUUAAGUGAUACUAAAAGCUUCUCAGAAUGUGAUCUCAAGAUUGUAUAGAUUUGUCACCAUAGGGGAGUAAUUCUUUUGUGCAGAUAAUACAGUCACAUUACGAUGUACAUGACAGUGAUGGUUUUCUGAUGGACUCGUGAUGGUGAUUGGAAGAACUAAAACAAGCUUCGUCAUUAGCGUAACCAUCCAAUAUUUCCAAGGGCCAAUAGGCCUAGAAAUCAGAAUCCCUUGUCCAGGUCUCUUGUUAGAGUCCAUCAAUACCGCGGAUUCCAUAUUGACAAAUGACAAGCAAAGAAAUUACUUAAACCAUCAUCGAAUUUUGGAGGGAUUUUCAAGCUAGUAUGAGCUUUCAGCCAUCAGCUAGCCAUGUUGGUUCUGAUCAAGCUUAUACUACUUGUGGUUUCUGCUCUAGCUGGCUUUGCAUCUUGCCAGGACCUUAGUAUCACCUACAAUGGAUUCCGAUCCACGAACUUGAGCCUGGACGGCUUAGCUCAGCUCACACCAAAUGGCGUCUUGAAGCUAACUGAUGACACCAAGGAGCAGCAAGGUCAUGCCUUCUUUCCUAAUCCUGUCAGCUUCAAAAAUUCAGCCAAUUCCUCUGCGUUCACCUUUUCCACCACCUUCGUCUUUGCUAUAGUGUCUGAAUACCCUACUAUGAGCGGCCAUGGAAUUGCUUUCGUGAUUGCACCAAGAAGAGGUCUUCCAGGAGCUCUUCCUAGUCACCAGCUUGGCCUCUUCAAUGAAACAAACAAUGGAAAACCGACCAAUCAUGUCUUUGCAGUGGAACUCGACACAGUCCAAAGCAAAGAGUUCAAUGAUAUCAAUAAUAACCACGUUGGGAUUGACAUCAACGGGCUGAACUCCACACUAGCAGAUCCUGCAGGUUAUUAUUCCAAUGGCAACGGUGUUGUUCAGAACUUGACUCUUGCUAGUGGUAAAGCAAUGCAAGUUUGGAUCGACUACGAUGGAACAGCUAAGCAUAUAAGUGUCACAUUAGCUCCAAUAUAUGCUGGUAAACCAAACAAACCUCUUUUAUCUUUACCCAAUGAUCUUUCACCAGUAUUAAAUGAAAUCAUGUAUAUUGGAUUUUCAUCAUCUACCGGUUCUGUGCCGACAUCGCAUUGCCUUCUGGGAUGGAGUUUCAAGAUGAACGGUGUGGCUCAAGGGCUUGAUCUUUCUCAACUUCCUAAGCUCCCGCGAGUUGGACCUAAGAAAAGGUCCAAAGUAUUAACAAUUGGUUUACCUGUAAUUUUGAUUGCUUCCUUGUCAAUUGCAAUCUCUGGUGUAAUAUAUCGUGUGAGAAUUAAGAAGAAGUUUGCAGAAGUGCUUGAGGAUUGGGAGCAUGAGUAUGGUCCUCACAGAUUCAAGUACAAAGAUUUGUAUAUCGCUACAAAAGGGUUCAGGGACAAGGGAUUACUAGGAAGCGGGGGUUUUGGUAAGGUAUAUCAUGGCAUCCUGCCUAGCUCCAAACUUGAGGUUGCUGUCAAGAGGGUAUCUCAUGAAUCCAGGCAAGGAAUGAAACAAUUUGUGGCAGAAAUUGUCAGCAUAGGCCGGUUACGCCAUCGAAAUUUGGUUCCACUUUUAGGUUACUGCAGGCGGAAAGAUGAACUGCUAUUGGUUUAUGAAUACAUGCCAAAUGGAAGCCUGGACAGGUUUCUAUUUGAGCAGCAUGAGAACACCCUGAACUGGAGCCAAAGAUUUCGAGUCAUAAGAGGUGUAGCAUCUGGAUUGUUUUAUCUACAUGAAGGAUGGGAACAAAUAGUGAUCCACAGAGAUGUAAAGGCCAGCAACGUCCUGUUAGACAGUGAAUUGAAUGGAAGAUUAGGAGAUUUCGGGCUUGCCAGAUUGUAUGAUCAUGGAACAGACCCUCAAACAACUCGUGUUGUUGGAACACUUGGAUACCUCGCACCAGAGCAUACUAGAACUGGCAAGGCUACAACCAAAACAGACGUAUAUGCCUUUGGGGCAUUUUUGCUUGAGGUAGUCUGCGGCAGAAGACCAACAGAACCACAUCCCCCAACAGAGGAUGCCAUUUUGGUUGAUUGGGUAUUUUCUUGCUGGAACAAAGGGCAAAUUCUUGAAGCAGUUGAUCAAAACAUGGGACUUAAUUAUGUGAAAGAGGAGGUGGAAUUGGUUAUGAAGCUCGGAUUGUUGUGCUCACAGUCAGAGCCCAUAGCAAGGCCAAGCAUGCGUCAAGUUGUUCUAUACUUGGACAGCGCCUUGGCACUGCCAGAUUUAAGCUCACUUGGGAUUUCUGCCAGUGGCCUGUCUUUUUCAAGUCAGGAAGGUUUCGGUGAUUUUAACUUAUCAUGUCCAUCUUCGAUGGACAAGCCAUUUUCACACGCUUCGUCCUCUGUUGCAGAAUCGCUACUAUCUGGAGGUCGGUGAUUGAGGACAAUGCUUUCGGUUAAUUAUUUUUUCUGGAGAAUUAUGCAAUUACUGAUCAAUAAGAAACUAUGGCUCUCUGCCCCCCCCCACCACUUUCUGUGGCUCUAUGUUUAGUUUGGCAUUAGGGAGUAAGUGAUGUCCCAAAAGAACGAAAACUAGCCAUUAAUGAGAAUUUAGUAAGUUUAAGUGGGAUUGGUAGAUAAUAUUGUGUAGUAAUUCAUUCAUAACAAAACCUAUACAUCACCAUCUGUUCAUCUUGUUUGUCUGGAAUGUAUAUCCAGUCAUUACAGUCAUCAUCA